AUGGCAGCGACAACUUGCUCACUUAGUGGCAUCGAAAGUCUGCUCGGCAAGGCUGGACUGGACACACCAAUUCCCGACUACCCCGGUGCAGAUGUAGUGCACAACCCGCAGGACAUCUUCCGAGUUUACCUCGCCGAUAUCAUCCAGAAGCUUCUAGGAUGCGAUAAACAAAUUGCCUAUGAUGCUAUACAGACCUCUAACAUUACGGGCAUGGGCGAUCUUAUCGUUGUGGCCCCGAAGCUUAGACUGAGAGACACCAGGCCUGAAGAUUUGGUGAUAGAUCUUGCUGGAAGACUCCCGGUAUCGCCUCCCUUUGGGUGCCCUGUAAAAGAUGGUAUUCGUCUACAAAUUUUCUCCUCUCCAAACACACUCUCCCGACUCUUGCUGCCUUAUAUCAACGACAGAGCUGCCUCAUAUGGCUACGAUGCAUCACUUGGACUCACUGACUCCGCAGUGCCGGAUAGUCCCAAGAAGAAGCUUGUCUUGGAGUUCUCGUCUCCCAAUAUGGCGAGUGAGUUCCAGGUUUCUCACUUGCGCAGUACUUUAGUUGGCGCUUACAUCGCGAAUAUCCACGCCAGUAUGGGUUGGGAUGUUGUCAAGAUGAACUAUCUGGGAGACUGGGGUAAGCAGAUUGGACUCCUGGCUGCUGGUUGGCAUAGGUUUGGCUCGGAAGAAGAGUUCGAGAAACAGCCGCUUCGUCACCUUCUCGAAGUCAACCACAAGAUACAGGACUUAUUCAAGCCAGAAGUGGAAGAGUGUAGAAACGCCAAGGCAAAGAAUGAAGACGCCACAGAGAUCGAAUCUCGUGGCUUGUACGCCGAACGUGACGUAUUCUUCAAGAAGAUGGAGGACCGGGAGCCAGAAGCUAUCGCUGUAUGGCAACGUUUUCGAGAUGCAACUGUGAAAGAUUACACCGAAUCAUACGCACAACUCGGAGUGACGUUCGAUGAAUACUCUGGAGAGUCGCAGGCCACGGUAGAGUCAAUCGCCGAAGUCGAACAAGCCCUGAAAGAGAAGGGGAUUUACGAGGAACAUGACGGAUCUUGGAAGAUCGACUUUUCCAAACACGAUGCAAAAGGGCUCUCUGUUGCGGUGGUACGCUACCGAAAUGGAACGACCUCUUAUCUGUUACGCGAUCUUGCAGCAGUUUUUGAUCGAUACAAGAAACACCAGUUUGACAAGAUGAUCUAUGUUGUUGCGAUGGAGCAAGAAAUGCACUUCCAUCGAGUUACCAAGACUCUUGAGCUCAUGGGAAGACAAGAUCUUGCUGAGCGCAUUCAACAUGUUUCUUUUGCCAAGAUCAAUAGGCUUCCGGAGAGACUCGAGGACUCAAAACUUUUGAGCGACUACCUUGAGGGAUGCCGCUCGAUGGCACAAGCUGCUCUCGACGAAGAGGAGGAGGAAUCGUAUUAUGUGGACAAGUCCGAGAAGUCGCUGGAGCAACUUGGUCUUUCAGGUCUAUUCCUACAAGACCACUACCACAAGCGAAACACGUCUUAUAUGAGUGAUCCCAAGAAAAUGGUACAGCUCCACGGGGACACGGGCGCCGCUAUCCAAGACUGCUAUGCCAGAUUAUCCAAGAAACUGGAGUCGGGUCCAGCGACCUUUGAUUAUACGAAGCUAGAUUACGCUUCGUUAGAAGAGGAGGACUAUGCUGAACUUCUGCGCAUCUUGCUCCAGUAUCCAGAUGCAGCACAUGGCUCCUUCAGGACCCUUGAGCCCUCGUUUAUCGUAGUGUACUUGUCACGACUUAUUGAUCAACUCACAUGCACGCUGGACGACGAUGAUGAGAAAGAUUGGACCGAUCGGGAUACAGCUAGUGAGGCGCGAUAUGCUCUCUAUGAGAAUGCAAGACAGGUGUUUGAGAAUGCGCUGAGGCUUCUUGGUGUGUCGCCAUGGAGUGCGUAG